GCCGUUAGGGAAAUCCUGAGCAGAUGGGGAGAAGUCCUGCGGUGACGAGAUGACUUCCUACAGGAAACUAAGAGCACGAAAUAUGAGGGAAGACACUCAGGCUGUGACGUCCUCGGAAGAUGAACACCAUUAUAAGUUUGUCAUUGAUGUUCACGACUUUAUGGACGUUGGAGAGAUCAGCGUGAAGGCUGUGAACGAGCGAGAGUUGGUGGUCGAAGGUCACUUGGAGAAGAAGGAAGACGGUUCCAAGUCCAGCAAGCGGUUCCUUCGGCGCUUCGUUGUUCCUGGAGACAUUGAGCUUGAGGCUGUCAUUUCAGUCAUGUCUUCUGACGGUGUGCUUAAAAUUUUGGCUCCAAAGAAGGAGGGCCAUAAUCGAAAACAUUUUUCGAUUGAUGUAGAAGACAUGGACGAUGUCGAGGCAACGUGUUCAAGGAAAUUUAGAAAUGGACAUCGUCUCACCGAGGAAUAUUUGAAGAAGAGAGAUUCAUCUUCUGAUGACGAGGAAUUAAGAGCUUUUGCCAAACAAUCCAAUAACCAAUACCGAGUCACUUUCCAAGACGAUGACGAAGAGUUUGAAGGUGGACACGUGUUCAACAAGGAGACAAAGAUGACAAAUGACAGCAGCAAGGAUUUCAAGUAUAACAUUCCAAGCCUUUCUAUGGAAACCAGGGUUUUGCACAUAGAGAGGAGAGGUGCGUUUGCUGAAGACUAUUGCUUCGCAAAUGUCCGUAACAGCUUCAGCCAGGCGGUGAGAGAAGUGCUGGAAAAGGCCAGUGAAUGGACCUGUCGAAGCGACGCCAUGCACAACUACAGACGUCUGCGUCAACGCAACCUCAAGUUGGAAAAUCAGGCUGUUGGCAUCUUGGACGAUCAGGACUCGCACAAGAUCGUGAUGGACGUGUUUGACUUCAUGAAGGGCGACGUGACAGUGCAGUUGGUGAAGGGCAAGGGCUGCUGGUGGGGGUCAAGCAGAGAGGCAGGACGGAGGCAGAGUGUCCCGAGUGAGCUUCGUGCGUCGCUUCGCCUUGCCUGAGCUCGUCGAGCGAGACGCCAUCAGCUGCGUGUUGUCCUCGGACGGAAUCCUGACGAUCACCUGCAGGAAGAGAGCAAGCGGCUACAGCGCAAGGGAUUUUGCAGCGAGAGGAAGCCCCACGUGGACACAGCUGGCGGGUGGGAGGACAAGGAUGCGAAGGACUCCCUCGCGGAUUGGGAAGGAGCCAGUUCUCGGGCCUUCAGCACCGGCUCUCGCUCCCGCUACCAUCGCUCUUAUGCGACGCAAUAUUAGAGUGAA